GAACCCGACGGUAAAACGUGUCGUGAAUUUUCGUUUCAGUGCGCGCAGUUGAACCGACUUGCUUUACGAUAGUUACAUCUCUCGGAUCGUAAUCUAUGACAGAUUUUAAUAAUACAUUACUGUUACAGAGUAUCGUGUACGAAAAUAUUCUAUGGCUAUCGAAAGCUAGUCAUGAAUUUCGGAAGUGUAGAAUGCCCGUUGCGUAGGUCGAAAAGAACAUACGCCAAAGGCGCUAUUGAAUCGCGCCAUCUAGAUAUCGUUAGGAAGAAAUUAUAUUAGUGAAAGUUUAGAAAAACUUUUGAAUAAUGUUAUUACUCUGUCCGAUAACGAGUACUGUAAGGUAAAAUUAAUAAAUAGAAAACUUGUUAUAACGCACACCGAUCACGAUUGCGUGAAACUUAAACGCAAGAGCAUAUACGCCUUAUGAUUAAAUCCACAUAACCUCAAUUUCGGAUGAAAAAUGAAUACCUGCGAUUAUGAGAGCGUAAUUUCAUAUUUGUCUUAUGGAGAAAAUGAAAAGAUUCAAUCGUUUCUGAGAGAAGAAAUCAAAGGCAUUUUUCAUUUUACGAAUAAAUACGUAAAUUUUAAAAGUCUGAAAAUAUCGGUAAUAUUAAAGUAACGACUGCAAACUUAUUGCAGUAACAAUAAAUAUAUGUAUAGUAAAGUUACACGAAUUGAGUUUUAUCAGUUUUUUUUUAUAAAUCAUUGAACUCGUUAAUGAUGGCAUCUGAUGCAUAUAAUAGUCUUGUGUAAAAUUAUUCUGCAGGAAAAAUAACAAACACUCUAAAUACAACAUGCACAAGCAGCGUUACAAAACGGAUUAAAGUUUCUUUCUUAAUAAACAAUAAGAAUCACUUUUACGAUAAGAUCGUUUGUUUACUUUAUUUCUUGGUUGUUAAUGUUAAAAUAUUUGCAUAUACGUGUUUAAAAUACAAUGCAAAAAAUUUAAGUUAUUGGAUCAAAGAUGCAGCACAUUGAAGUUAAUAACAGGGAUCAUAAUUAUAGCGAAGUAAAAGUAGAUAAUCUUCAACAUAGCGAUAGCAGUAUUCAAAAUGUGUUUGACAAUGAUAUUAAAGCAGUAUGUAAAUCAAACAAAUUUACAUUAGUAUCGAAUAAAGAACCAUUUGGGCAAAUUAAAGAUAUAAACGAAUUGAAGAAGAUAACACCACGUGUAAAAUUAUUGGCCCACGAUGCCAAUAGUUUAAACGAAUUAACUAAAAUUUCUUUGCACAAUAAAAUAUCUGCACAAAAAAGGUUGUCGAUAUCGGAGCAAACAAAACAGGAGUUGAAGAAGUACUGUAGAACUUGCGCAGGGUUAAAACUCCCAUUGGUCGACAUUUUUAGCGAGAAAGGUAUUCAAAUGAGAUUGAGUCAACAAAUUAAACACUUGGAAGAAAUAAAUCCGUACGACAGCUUAUCGACUCAAAUGUGUAUGGACUGUAUCUGUGACUUGAAAAUGAGUUACAAAUUUUUUAUGCAAAUUAAAAAGGCAGAAGUUAAAUUGAAAUCUAUUCACAUUACUCUGACAGAUACGGUAGCAAGAAAUCUAGAGGUAAAGAAAUUGCAAUCCGUAACGAAUAUAGAAAAUUCCGAGAUGCAAAUAGAAAAUUUUCUAGAUUACGAUAGAAAUAAUCCAUCUACUAGUAAAGAACACGACGAACAGAUACCCAGAGAAAGAGCGUCUUCAAUUUUCUCGCUAAAAGAUGAAGAAAACUCUUCGAAAGAAGUCGAGAUCAUAGACGAGAGUGUCGAUGAAUCGGAGAAUAAAGUUGAAGUUGAGAUUUUUGAAGACAUGGCAGUUGAACAGGACAGUGACGAUAAUGAAUCUAUAGAAGAGUUUGAUCCGGAUGAUCCACCGUUUCAACCCGAUACUUCCGAUGCCGCGGAUUCUGACGAUGAAAUAGAUGUACAAGUACCAAUCGUAAGGAGGCGGAAUACACAGCAGAAGGAAAAUAUUAUAAAACAACAGUGUUUGCAACCGGUAUUUCUUUGCGAUAAUUCAGUUGCGGAUAAUGAAAAUACAGAUUUUAAUCAAACAACAUAUAAAUAUGAUACAUCGCUGAACGCGUACAUUAAAGUAGAAGACACAGACAGUAGUAAUUAUGCUAGCAAACCGUAUAGCAUAUCUAAAUCUGAAACUAUAAAUAAUAGCGAAAGUACAAAAGAAUCGUUAAAACAACCAAACAUAUUAAAACGCAGGCUCUUAUUGCAGACAAAGAAAGACUCUACCGAAGAGACGGAUGAAAAUACUUGUCAGUCUAAUACCUCCGAUAAAAAUGGAAGUCACAAAGAUGUUAAAGUACAAAAGUUAGAUCUACAUAAUCCUUUGAGCAUUAAUAGUAAUCAAGAAGAUGGAAUUAUGUAUGUUACUGUUAAAGGUUCUAAACCGAAUGAAAUAUUAUUAGUAAAAGUUAAGAAAAUGGAUAAGGCUUUAGAAAAGAAAGACGAUAAAUUGGCGGGGGGGAAGAAAAAUUUCGAUAUCAAGCCGAUGGAAAAAAUCUUGAAGCGGUACGAGACGCUAGUUACAAAAGAGAAGGAUUUGUUUCCAGAACGAACAAAAAAGUCUGAAAUACGAGAACAGAUUAUCGAGGAACAAAUAGAAGAGUACAAGAAGAAACGGGAGAAGGUAUUAGGCGGUCAUGCUAAUAUUUCUCUUCCUUUGAAACUAGAGGAAACUCAUACUCGUUACAUUAGGCGUAACGAGAAUCAAGAGAAUCAAAGAUGCUCUGUACAUACAGGAAGUGAUUCAAUUGUAAAUAUACAAUUUAAUAAACAUAGUGAUAGCAAUGUAAGUACUAAGAAAAUUGAAAAUGAUAUUUCAGAGAUUAUAGAGCCAGUAAAAGAAAAGGCCACUAGCGAGAGAGCAUAUGUAAAUACCGAGGAAUAUUUAUCGCGUUUAGCAAAACUUAAAUUAAAAUGGGAAGAAGCAAAAAAGAAGAAAGAAUCUCUUCAGAAGGAACUGGACGAGUCUUAUACAGAAGGGAACAUUGAAAAGUUGGCAAGAAUUUUGGGAGAAAAAGAAAAGAACCUGCAAGAUUUUCAAGAUUAUUUGAGGCAACGUAAAAUUGUAAUUACAAGAUUAAAGGAUAAGGAUAUUAUAUCUCUUUACGAGGAUAGAAAUAACGCGGUGCUUAAAAACAGUUUGCCCGAUUUAAUAGAUGAGACCCAGCCAGCGGAUUAUAUUCCGGAAGAACAUUACUUGGAGUGCGAUUAUUGUCCGGAAACAUUUGCUUCUAAAGAGGUGCUCGAGGAACAUCUGAAAAUGCACGAUUAUAAAAUCAUGCAUUUUUGUGAGGAUUGCAUGGAGGAAUUUCCAACAAACAAGGCGAAAAGGAAUCACAAUGUGAUUUGCAUAAAAAAGUUGUUGUGCAAAUACUGCGACGUGAUACUAGAUUCGAAAGGAAAGAAGCGUCAGCAUGAACAAAAACAUUGCGACAAUAUAUUCGGUCAACUGUGCGACAUAUGCGGCGAGAAGUUCAAGCAUCAAGGAACGUUGGAUCAACACGUGAAAACGCAACACAUGAGUUGGGAGAAAAUAUUUCAAUGUCCAAAAUGUCCGAAAAAAUUUGCGUUCAAACAAAAGCUCAGCUUUCAUUUGAAAUCUGUACACACGACGCUGAGAGCCUAUUUAUGCGAGGAUUGCGGGGCGGACUUUAAAAAUCCGGCAAGUCUUCGACACCAUAGAAUACGUAAACAUCAACCGGUAGGGAAUAAACGAGAGUGCCCGGUCUGCCAUAAAUUAGUACCGUUUUAUAGUCUUUCGAAGCAUAUGCAUACUCAUAAAGCGUAUACCAUUCAAUGCCCGCAUUGCGACAAAAUGUUUAAAAAUAGUUCAACCUUAAAACAACAUGUAAGAAUUCACGAAGAUCAGCGGCAGUUCCGAUGCGACACUUGCGGCGUUGGUUUUAAUAGGCGCGAUGGUUUGAGAUUGCAUAUGAGAGUGCAUGAAAAAACUGAUAGCAGAGGGUUAAAGGAAUGUUCGUGUCAAGUUUGCGGCGAAAAAUUUCCGAAUCAUUCGACCCUCGUUAUACAUAGAAAUCGAGUUCACAAAGACGGUAGACAAUACACGUGUCAUAUAUGUAAUAGGUCAAUGAUUUCUACUAGAUCGUUAGAAUGGCAUAUGUCUCAUAUACACAAUGAAUCUCUUCCCGGUGUUGUGAAGGAAGACAUAGACGGGACACCGGAGAAGAAAAGGGUAUCGUGUUAUCAUUGCAAUAAAACUUUCAAAACAGAAAUGAUUUUAAGAACGCACAUUAAAAACACUCAUAUGGAGAAAGAUCCUAUGAAGUGUUUAGAUUGCGAGUUAACGUUCACUUCUGAAGUGAGACUAAGACACCAUAUGAUGGUGACGCAUAAUAGACUAGAAGGAACUUUACCCUGUCCUCAUUGUCCGAAGAGAUUUGUGAAUCAGCUUCGAUUGAAAACACACAUGAUAUCUCAUUCCGAGGAAAGGCCGUACACGUGUGAAAUUUGUGGAUUUAAUUUAAAGACGAAAAUUCAGUUGAUCAAGCAUCAUCAGAACAGGCACAGCGACGAGAGGCCUUUACAAUGUAGAUAUUGUCCAUGGAGAUGUAAACAAGUCAGCGCACUCGUCUGUCACGAGAGAACACACACAAACGAACGACCAUACUCUUGUAGCGUGUGUAGACAGCGUUUUAAAUACCUCGGCGAUAAAAACAAACACGAGAGACGACACGAAAGUUUAGGGGGAUCUGGAUUUAAAAGAAUAGUACCUGGUCGAAAUAUUAAACCAAAAAUGCAAGAAGAUUCGUCUUGUUCCGAUCAGGAGCAAGAAAUUUAUGCUAAAACGGAACCCGAGGUUCCCGAGGGCGAGUACGAAGAACAGAUAGAUCAACAGUUUGAGGAAGAGCAAAUAGUUAAGUUCGAAGAACAGGGAAUAGUAAAAUUCGAAGAACAAGAAAUAGCAGAAGAAUACGAACAAGUCUACGAACAGGAAUACGAAGAGACGUCUAGAGAAGCCUCGGAUGCAGCGGAAGUUAUAAUGAAUAUGGAAGACACUACAGUCUACACGGAAGAAGUAACUGCAGAUAAUAUGGAACCUGCCGAAAUAAUGGCAGACGAAAUGAUGACGAAUGAAAUAUUACAAUCAGGUGCUGUGGUUCAUUUGCAACAGGAAGAUGAUUCCGGGAAAAUACAAGUGAUUCCGGUUAUGCUCUCCUUACCUGAUCUAUCCGAUGCAAAUACAGAGGUCAAUUUAGCCACAGCAUCCAUUAUGUAUAAUAAUUGAAUUUAAUAUCGCAAUUUCCUGCUGUGGUAUUAAUUGUAAAAAGAAGAGACUUUUAAAAGUUUUAUUGCGGUGAUUACAGUUUUAAAAGAAAACCUUUUAAUUGGGGUAAAUAAAUAGGGGCUAAAUCACAUUCCUGUAACUAAAAUUAUGGACAUUCGAAAAUGUAUAUUUCCUUGAAACCGUAUCUAGGUUUCAGUCGCUAAGGAUACACUGAACAUGUACCCCAAAGGUCGUGAUAAUUUUCUGCUAGUUAAAGCAGAAAUUUUGUAAGAUUAUUUCGCUGUAUGAAAAUACUUAUUAAGAUUGUAAAAAUGAUGAUACAACAAAUUUUAACUUCAUAAAUGCUUUUCGCUAUAAAAUUUUCGUUUAGUUAUAAAAACGAUUAAAAAAUAACUGUACUACGAUAUAAAGUAUUUUGUACAAAUCUAUAAAGAAUGAACAUAUAUAUUUUACUUGAUAAUACAUAUAUAAAUUUCAUGGUACAUAUUAAUAAAAUUGACAUUAUUCAUAACCAUGCGUUUAUUUAUAAAAUAUGUCGUUCGUGAUUCAUAUUCAUUCGUUUUUUGUUACGUUUACUAAUUACAUUAUUUUCUUUUGCGAGUAUUUUUUAUUUCUUACUUGGUUAAAGCGUGGACAAUAAUUAGUUUUUACACAUUGUAGAGAUAUUGCAUUUUACAGUUGUAAAUUAUAGUAAGAAUAAGAAAAGAAAAUCCAAUAGAUUCUUGGUACUUUGAGUGCGGUUUUUUUUGUAAUAUAUAUUAAUAUAACAUACACAUCGGAAGAGAUAUGAAUAUCAAUUUCUGUACAUUUCGGAGAAAAAUUACAGAAUUACAGAAUUUUACGUAUAACGAAAUGGAUGCCCAAAUACUAGCUCAAGCAUCAUUAUUAUUAUUAGCAUUACUUCAUAAUAUUUUUUUAAAUAACAGUGAGGUAAAAAUAUUCAUGUUAAUUAUAAUUCUAAAUAAUA